ACAACGCUGUGUCCUCCGUUUACGUUGCAGCAGACUUACAGACUGACACGAGAGAGGAGCGGAGGGACAGAACCGCCGACCACCUCGCGAUCGUUUCGACCCGCAAGUGAUGGAGAGGACGGAGAUUUUUUUAUACACCUUCCUCGCGUCUGACUACGUCUUUAACAUCUUGUUCAUCGCAUGGCUCUUCGCCAACGGGACACCCACAAAUGUCACCAACUAUGGAUUGCUUAAUUGAAGUUGGGCCACCUGAUCCUGUUUCCGCGAGGACAACCCACCGACAUUAGAGUUAGAGAAGUCGUUAUGGACAGUUGUGCGAAUCGUUCAUUUCCUGCUCAGAGAACUGGAGUCAAAAGCAGUAUUGCAACCGCAUGAUUUCACAUCUACUUGCGCGUAAAGGACGCAGAAGAAACGGUUCCACUGCUGCCUGAAAUGCUCUGCGCCAUGCUUUAGUAAUAAUGGAGGAAAGCUGUAGUUAGAAGUACAGGACAUGUUUGUGUGACUGUUUUGCUUCUGCUGGAUUUGAUGAGAGAGUGGCGGGCAGCUUUUUAACACGAAUACCAAUUCUGCGCGGCAGUUGAGUCGCUCUGUUUCCAGAGGAGAUCCACCGCAUCAAGAGACCUGGAAUCUGUGACAGGCAACAGGCCUCACGAUCACUGUGACAGGUACACUGACAGACGUUUUUUUUUAAAGUCCUGCUCUGUUUGCUUUCAUUACUACCAAGAGAGUUUUUUUUCAAGCUGCGUUCAAUUGCUCCUGUGAGCCAUGGCUUUACCAGAUAGUGGCAUAUCUGCGGAGGAGGUCCCCUUUCCAGAGAUUAUAGAGCUCAAUGUUGGCGGCCAGGUGUACAUAACCCGCUACUCCACCCUCACAAGUGUGCCAGACUCCCUGCUAUGGGAGAUGUUCAGUCGAAAGUCAAAUAAAGGACUGGCUAGGGACACAAAGGGUCGUUUCUUUGUCGACCGUGAUGGCUUCCUGUUCCGUUACAUCCUGGACUAUAUGAGGGACCAGCAGCUGGUUCUUCCAGACCACUUCCCCGAGCGAGGCCGUCUGCAGAGGGAGGCUGAGUUCUUCAACCUACCAGAGCUUGUCAAACUGCUGGCACCCAAAAUCAGCAAGCAGAACUCCCUUGGGGAAGAUGGAUGUCAGAGUGACCCAGAGGACUCCUCACCUGGAAUCGACUCAGCCCGGAACCUCAGCUCCCUGGGUGCUGCUGCUGCUGCCUGUGCCAGCCUGGUGCCCGGUUCCAUGGACGGCAAACGCUCCGGGUUCAUCACCAUCGGCUACAGGGGUUCAUACACCCUGGGACGAGACAGUCACACUGAUGCCAAAUUCCGCCGGGUGGCACGGAUCAUGGUGUGUGGGAAGACCUCUUUGGCCAAAGAGGUUUUCGGGGAGACCCUGAACGAGAGCCGGGACCCUGACCGCCCCCCUGAACGCUACACAUCCCGCUACUAUCUAAAGUUCACCUUUCUGGAGCAGGCGUUUGACAAGCUGGCUGACGCAGGCUUCCACAUGGUGGCCUGUAACUCGACAGGAACCUGCGCCUUUGCCCAUGAGCAGACAGACGACAAGAUCUGGACCAGCUACACUGAAUAUGUGUUCUACCGUGAGUGAGACUACCGGCUUUGUUCCUCCCUGGUUCCCUAUCCUGUCUCCAAGUGCCCCCCCCCCUCUUCAGCCUCCAGCCAUCCUGCCCCCCUCUCUCUCUGAAGGCUCCUUCACCAGUAGAUGUUACAUAGAUGUUGUGCCCCUCCAUCUUUCUCUGCAGACUCCUUUUUUUUUUUUUCCAGCCAACUCUUCACACCUUCUGCAGGUCAGAUCUGCAGCUCCCACCUUUGACCCCUGAUUCCUUUGCCCAUCUUCAGGUCCAGCUUUUGCCCCUGCUUAGUCAUAGCCCCCAAUCCUCAACCACUGCAACCCCACAGCCACUACUGCAGAGACUUGCACCUUCUAUGUACUGUUUCCCCUUUGUACGCCAUAUUUUGCAUCUGCCUUGGUGAAGCACAAAAGCAAAGCAAAUUUUGCUCAAAUGAAAGUGCCCUGGAGUGUCGGUGGGACUGUGGCAGGGCGAAAGGGAAAGGGCUCCAAAGAGUGGCCGUGAUGCACAGUGCACAGUAAACUUUGCCUUCAGAUGGGACUUUCUGCUGCGCUUGUGAACUAAAUUACCAAAUAAUUGGACAAUGUAUCAGCCUUGAAGGGCGUGAGCAUCCCCCAGCACAAAAGGAAACAAAAAUCAGAUUUCCUGCAGUUUUUAUUAAAUGUGUCGAGUGCGUGCCAUGUGGUUGGGAAAGUGCCAUAUAGUUUUUUCGCUGUUAUAAUGUGUUAAUGAGCGUUUAUAUAACACAACCACAUGAGUGGGAAAUAAAGGAAAACUUGGAUUGUAGGUUUUUGGAGUUUCCUUAAGAGAGAAAAACAACUGGCUUUGAUUUAAAAAAAAAUAAUAAUAAUAAUAAAAAGGAUGGAAGCUCAAGUAUCAAGUGAAAUCAUAGACAGAGAAAAAAAAGGUUAUCAGAUAAAGCGUGAGUGUAUUGAUUGUCCAAUUAAGAUUUCAGUAUUUUAAUCACCCACUUGGGAAGGGCAGGGGAGAUGGAGGAUGUAACAUCGGUCAAUGUGCUUCUUUGACGUGUUUUUUUUUUUUUUUUGUCUUAAUAACAAUUACAGCAAAGCUCGGGGCAGGCAUACAUCAUGGUAACAUGUUGUCUUCAAAAAUAAAACAAAAACACAAUUAAAAAAAGUGGCUGUCACAUAAGCGGAUCAUGUUUGGAGUGUAAACAAUAAUGUAAUGCAUUAUACUCAGUUCAGUAUUUGUUGAAGCUGUUGCAUAUUUUAUGAUAGCUCUCACUGUGUACUCAUAAAAAAGGGAAGGAAUUGCCCAGUAUUUUCUCACUGCUGUAGCAAGGGCAUUGUAUGGGCGGAUAAUUAUAGUGAGAAAGAUAACUUCAGUUAUAAAGGAUAAGUUUAGAAAGAAGGUGGUUUCCGGAUAUCACCUCAGGACAGGUCAAAUACCUCAGACUACAACACAAACAGAAGGAACUCGGAUUCAACAAAACAUCCCGCUGAUGAUGUAAAAAUGAAGACACCAUAUCCAUAAACUGUAGAAGCUUCAGAUUUCAAGAUUGUGAAUAGGAGGUUGAAUAUAAAGUGGUUUUUCUGAGUUAGGCAGCAUAGUGCAGGAUUUCUCCAGAGCUAGGAGGUGUCAGGUUGUAGUUUUGGCAGAGUGUCUGACAGUAAUAAUAACUGUAUUCUGAAAUGUCUAGAAACCGCAAUGUUGUGUUUCAGUGUGAUGAAGUGCUGUUGACAUCUGAGUCGAUAUGUUAGGCCUACUGCAGUGUGUCGCUGCGGGCGUAGAUCACUGAAAUUAAAAGUGUUCAGCGAAAAGCAAAUUGAUUUGUCAAAUAAAAGAUGUUUCCUUUCUA